GCGCAAGCGCAGCCCCGAGCGCUCACGGCCGCGGCGGGAAGCGGACGGCGGUACCGCCCGCACGGCCCCGAGCUGCACGGAGCGGCCCGGAGCGUGUUCAGAGCCCGUCCGCCAUGAACGAGGAGAACUUCGGGUCCAGCGAGCGGCUGGUGACCGCCGCCUACGUGCGGCAGGGGGCGCAGGGCCGCCGCGGGCACGAGCUGCUCGUGCGGGCGCUGCUGGAGCAGGGAAAAUGCCCUGAAGAUGGAUGGGACGAAAGCACCAUUGAACUCUUCCUUCAUGAACUUGCCAUAAUGGACAGCAAUAACUUUCUGGGCAACUGCGGUGUGGGAGAGAGGGAAGGCAGAGUGGCAUCAGGACUUGUUGCCCGAAGGCACUAUAGGUUGAUCCACGGAAUUGGAAGAUCAGGAGAUAUUUCUGCAGUCCAGCCUAAAGCUGCAGGGUCGAGCCUUUUGAACAAGCUCACUAAUUCAGUCGUUCUGGAUAUUAUAAAGCAGGCUGGUGUCCGGACAGUGACCAAUUGCUUUGUGGUUCCUAUGGCAACUGGCAUGAGUCUAACUCUAUGUUUUUUAACAUUGCGGCACAAGAGACCAAAGGCAAAAUACAUUAUUUGGCCACGGAUAGACCAGAAAUCAUGCUUUAAAUCGAUGAUAACUGCAGGUUUUGAGCCUGUGGUGAUAGAGAAUGUAUUAGAAGGUGAUGAGCUACGGACGGAUAUUGAAGCAGUGGAGGCUAAAGUCAGGACUCUCGGUGCUGAAAAUAUUCUUUGUGUGCAUUCUACAACAUCUUGCUUUGCUCCAAGGGUACCUGAUAGGCUGGAGGAAUUGGCUAUAAUUUGUGCUAAUUAUGACAUUCCCCAUAUUGUCAACAAUGCAUAUGGAGUUCAAUCUUCAAAAUGUAUGCAUCUUAUCCAGCAGGGUUCUCGAGUGGGCAGAAUAGAUGCUUUUGUUCAGAGCUUGGACAAAAAUUUUAUGGUUCCAGUAGGUGGUGCUAUCAUUGCUGGCUUCAAUGAGUCCUUUAUUCAGGAGAUCAGCAAAAUGUAUCCAGGAAGAGCUUCUGCAUCUCCUUCUUUAGAUGUCCUCAUUACGCUUCUGUCUCUAGGUGCCAGCGGCUACAAACAGUUACUGAAAGAGAGAAAGGAAAUGUUUUCGUACCUUUCAAGUGAGUUGAAGAAACUGGCAGAUAUCCACAAUGAGAGACUGUUGGAUACACCACAUAAUCCCAUAUCCUUAGCCAUGUCACUGAAGAAUCUGGAUGAAAAUAAUGAUGCUGCUGUUACCCAGCUUGGAUCUAUGCUUUUUACAAGACAAGUUUCAGGAGCAAGGGUUGUUCCCCGUGGGUCUGUGCAAACAGUGAAUAACUACACUUUUAAAGGCUUUAUGUCACAUACAAAUGACUACCCCUGUGCUUACCUCAAUGCUGCAUCAGCUAUUGGAAUUAAAAAGCAAGACGUAGACAUCUUCCUAAAAAGACUGGACAAGUGUUUGAAGGCUUCCAGAAAAGGGAAAGAAAAAAGUGGGAAUGAAAUAUGUACUUCUAACAGAGGCGCAGAACAACUUGAAGACCAGAAGAUACAGACCUAGUAACACAGGAAGAUGCACUUUUGUUUGAAGUAUGUCAGGUUUGUAUUGGGCUACACUGUGAAUCUGAAGGGCAGAAAAUUUGAUCCUGAGCUGAAAAAAAAAACCACCACCAAAAAAUUUUGGGCUGAAAUUUAGGUUUGAAGGAAAUAGGUGAUUUUUCUCCUAUUCUCUGAAAGUCAGACAAGAAUUUUGCACCACGUAAACUUACUUAACAUGCCAAAGUAAAGCUCUACAUUCAUAGAAUGACCUGUCAGUCUGUGGGUGACUGCUGGGGCUGGUGUUCUUCAAGUCACAGGAUAUUUAAGCACAUGUUGAUUAACAAGGUCUUCUGUAGCAAUGUUUGAAUUUCUUUUUAGGUCUCGGUGUGUGACCAACAAGAACUGUUGUACUGCUCUCUAAAUGUCUUGCUUUUACUCAGCUUACUUUCCAUUUUUCUUUUAUUUCCAAAGAUUUAUAUAGAAAGGUUGGGGAUAACCCCUAAUAAAUACAGUGUUGAAACUGGAUGAAGAAAUCAUGGAGUUGGAAUAGUGGUCUUUUUAGGUGCUCUUACCUCUCAUGAGCUGCCUAGAACAAAGCAGCCCUCAGUGGCAAAGAACUUAGAAUACCUCAUAUCAUGUCAGUACUCAGCUCUUGGAAACAUUUACACAGUUCAGCAACCCAAAGGAAUUUUGAGGGAGUACAGUGAUGGAAAUGGGAGGCUGUGGAGUGGAGUGGAGUUGUCCUCUUUAUACAUUUCAUCUCUUCUUUAGUAGUUGCUCAUGAAUUGAGCAGUCCGGUCAGAGAUCCACUCAAAAGGUGGAUCAAAAGGUGGAAUGCUUUGUGGGAUGACUGCAACAGAUUCAAGAUCCAGUGAGACCAGAGGGUGUUUUGGCAUUUUUAAUCCAUUAUGGUUUUAAACUUCUGAACAGUCUCCUGCCGUUGGCACUAUUGUCUGUGUCUGUGUGCAGUUACUGACUUGAAUUCAUCAUUGAAACAAUAGAUUCAGUCUGUUCCUGAAACAGAGGUUCCAUAUCACUGGAAUGACAGGCCCUGUAGGUUACAAAAAAAUUUUGUUAAUUAUUCUUAAAUGCAAUUAACACACUGUAUGUACAUUUUAAUGUCAUUUACUGUUCAAAGUGAGCUUAGCAUUCAAAGGCAUUUUGCGUUGUUCGUAAUGUGGUAAUCCUUGGGACACCUCAGGUAAUGAAUUCAAAAUAUCAGGAAAUGUUGUAGUUACUUUGGUUCGUGGGAUCUGAGACUUGAAUCCUCAGAGCCCUCUGGAAAUUCCUCCUCAGUAAAGAUGAACUGAUACAAGAGGUGAUGUUAGUAUGUGGAAAUUAAUGGUAUGCUGAUCGCCAUCGAGGUGGUCUCACUUAUUGAAGUUCAUUGUAUCUUUAGCCUAAAUUGAACUGCUGCUCCUGAUUGCUGUAGCUGCAGUUAAACUUCAGAUCCAUUAAAGCUUGUGGAAGGGAGGGCUCUCAGGAGUCACGGUUGUUACUUGCUGUAUUAAGAUGUCUUAAGAGAAAGGUAAUGCAACUUGACCACUGAGUCCUUGUGGCCACAACUAGAUGUAAAUUUUGCUUUCUUUUGUUCCGAGAUAAUGCUAUACCACAGUUUUUCCAGUCACUGAAGCUCUCAUUCAGCCUUAGGAGACAGAGCCGUGCAGCUCACCCUGCCCUCUGCAUAUUGGAGCAGCCAGUGGAAACCACAGGGCCUUAGCGAUACCUUUUUUUCUGUUUUGGGAUAUUGUUGCCUUGUGCUUGAAUGAGCAUAAGUUAGUGAUUUAAUUGAUUAGUUACAGACUACAAAUAUGAGAGCUAUUGUUAUGUGAGGUUAGGGAGGUGCGUGGUAGUAGCUGCAAUAAGGAUUUGAUAAGCAGUAUCCUCAGAUGGAAAACAAGAAAGCAGCAAUUGCCUUUUCAGAGAGGAAAAGACCUCUGCCUUUUAUGUUCUUGUAAUAAAUUGUCUGCUGCAAAUAAUUCACUCUCUUCUACUCUAGAUUGAACUGCUUUCUCAGAUAGUGUUUCUCCUGUCUUCAAAAUGUUUUCCAUUUGAAAUCAAACAUAAAAUUUCAACAUGUCUCUCUGAGCAAGUAUCCAGGGAAGGAAUUAAAGCGUUUCAUUUUGAUGUUGUGCUUUUAAACCUCGUGUUUUCUAAGUGGAAAACAUUUUAAGAUGAGACUUUGGGUUACAGUUUUUGUUUAGAUUUGUGUCACUAAGGCUCUAAUUGAUGCCAUCUGAAACCACACAGUUUAAAGUACUUUGAGAAUUGUGCCCAUUGUGAGGUAUGAUCUCGAGCUGAAUAUUAGUGUUAUGUUACUUUGGUAUGUUAUUGUGCCAGUUCACAGUUUUAUUUCCUUGCUUUGUUCUUUUAAGCUUGUUAAGUUGCAAUGCAUACUGAGUUUUUAGAGACAGAAGCAUAAUAUAAUGUCAUUACAGUUUAAAUAAAUGGAGAAGAAGUGGUUAUUUAUGGCAUACUUGAAACAGGAGAUUCAGUAGAUAAACUCAGUAUUUUUUCAAGGAAGAAUACAAGCCACUUAUUCUCUAUUCACCAAUGUCUGUAAUAAGGUAAUAAAAUAAUAUUGGAACGCACAA